GGACUGGCUGUGUACGGAGUAUGGUCACAGGACAGUGCUCAGCUCAGCUGUGUCCAGCAGUGAAACAUGUGAGCAUAGGUAUCAAGAUGCUGAAGAAGUCAAAAGCGUAGGUCUUGGCAGCUUUGCCCUGUUUGAAAUUUUCGUCAUCCGGGUGCGAUGCCGAGCGCAACAAGCAACCACAGCAAGCCACUCAACUGCCAAUCUGCCCGUCUCCACACACCGGGAGCCACGGUCCCUUCCUCUAAAAGCUUCCAUCUCCUUUCCUGGGACCUGGAACAAAUGCACAACUUCAAAAGCGCAUCUCUUGCACACACUGCACGCACCCCUCGACCUCGAAUCCACAAGCUAACCGUUGCCGCCGAAUUCCUAUCAGCCUCAGCCCAACAAAGGCGGCCCCCUAUGCGACAAGGGAACCGCACGAGCGACCGUUCUCUUCGACAUGUCUAUCUCUCUCGCAUCUGAACCCUAGCUUGUUUUCUUUUUCCCCUACCUUUCCUUGCUGGCCGAAUAUCGACGAGAUUGUUUCAAUUGGGGGGACAUUGCAGUCCUUUGGCGAACAUUGAUUGCCCUUUUGUGACACCGUCUUACACCUGGAAUGCGCGCAGGAACAGCCUCCUGGAAACGCAACACUUCACGAAUUCACUUUCUGCCUCUUUUUGCGACGACGACGACGAAGAAGAAGGUUCACCACACACACACACAAUAGACUUUUGUGGGGCAACCAUCAUUAAGAGCAACCUACCGGGAUAGAGAUUUCCUUUUUGCUCUGGAGCUUGCCUCCGUUGAGAUUUUCCUUUCAAAAUGUCGGCGCAACAGUCUCACACACCCCAAAACGCGACAGCAGAAACACAAACCGAGACCAACACCCCCACCAGGUCAACAACUGUUGCUACGAUGGCGCCACCACCACCAGAUCAGCUCGGCCCGACGACCUACGUUCGUUCGUUCAUCUCACAACCAGUAACGGCUGCUUUCAUGGCUGGCGGAGUGGCGGGUGCUGUGUCGAGAACGGUGGUGUCACCUCUCGAGCGCCUCAAGAUUCUGUUCCAGGUCCAGAGCGCGGGGAGGGACGCAUACAAGCUCAGUGUGGGCAAAGCGUUGAUGAAGAUGUGGAAGGAGGAGGGCUGGCGCGGGUUUAUGAGAGGCAAUGGCACGAACUGCAUCCGCAUCGUGCCUUACUCGGCCGUCCAGUUUGGGAGCUAUAAUUUCUAUAAGAGGAGGUUCUUCGAGAGACAUCCCGACGACAGCCUGACGCCCCUGUCCCGCCUGACGUGCGGUGGCAUUGCUGGUAUUACCUCUGUUACUGUUACCUACCCGCUCGACAUCGUGCGAACAAGACUCUCGAUUCAGUCCGCGUCCUUUGCCGAGCUGGGUGAAAGACCAAAAAAGCUUCCGGGCAUGUGGCAGACCAUGGCGGUUAUGUACAAGACUGAGGGUGGAUUUCCUGCCUUGUACAGGGGUAUCGUUCCGACGGUGGCUGGUGUUGCGCCAUACGUCGGUCUGAACUUCAUGGUCUACGAAUAUGUCCGGCAAUACUUGACACUGGAAGGCGAGCAGAACCCCAGCCAUGUUAGGAAACUGGCCGCUGGUGCGAUCUCUGGCGCCGUUGCGCAGACAUGCACAUACCCAUUGUAA